CCGCCAUGUUUGAGAACUGCACUGGUUGUGUGAUGUGCUCCGAAGACAACGGCUGCGUCUCCUGCCAGCAGCGUCUUUUCCUCUUCAUCUGGAGGGACGGCAUUCGGCAAUUCGGGGCCUGCGUCCACGGCUGCCCACUGGGCUACUACGGGCAGCGGAGCACGGACGUUAACCGAUGCAUGAAAUGCCGGUCGCCCAACUGCGAGAGCUGUUUCAGCAAAGACUUUUGCAUGAAAUGCCAAGAGCGUUUCUACCUGCACAAAGGGAAAUGCUUAAACACCUGUCCUCCGGACACCAUGGCCUGGCACAGCACCCGGGAAUGCCAAGAAAACUGCGAGGCAGCCCCCUGGGGUAAUUGGAGCCCCUGCACCAACCAAGGUCGGAUGUGUGGGUACAAGUGGGGCUCGAAGGUCCGAGUGCGGGAGUCACUCCAGAGCGGGAAGGACCAGGCGGCUCUGUGUCCGGCGCUAUCCGAGUCCCAGAACUGCCUGAUGAAGAGACAUUGUCCUGGAGAGAAGAAUGAAAACAUGAGGAGAAGCAAGAAGGAACGGCAGCAGAGGAGGAAGAAACGAAUAGAUGCCUUCAAGGUGGCUUAAUGAGCUUCAGAGCGAGUGGCCUUGCCCUGGAGGUGGUCAACACCCAUUGAAGUCCAUCGAGGAGCUCCAUCCCUGGCGAAAUUAAAUAAAAAUUAGGAUGGUUUCUAUCUCUUUCUUCCUGCCUUCCAAGGAUCCUGCUCUCCAGUUCCUCCGUUCUCCUUCAAGCUUGUCCUUGUCGAGUUCUCCUUCCAUCGCGAUGGUUUGUGGUGGCACCUCUUGACCUUCUCUCCAGCGUGGUUGGACAACAGAAGAUGGAAGAUAGAUCCCAUGCACCAUCUUUUCCCAUAUUGAUGUCUGAAGCGUCAUCUGCCCACCUUUCGUCCAUCCACCUCUCCAUCACAUGACCUUUGACUUGAUGAAAACUAGGACAUCAUCACUGAAGGAACCAUGAAGGAACCCAAAUAAGAAGGUACUAACUCUUGCUCUUCGACCUGCUAUGGAAGAGGAGGAGAUGGACCAUCCAGAAGAGCUGAAGAACCACACAGAGUCCUAUCUAAAGACCCCCAAGAGAUGGACCUCGGGAGGGAACGCAAGAUCUCAUCUAGCUUUCUCCUGGUUUGUCCUCCACCUCCCCUUAGAAGGGUUUUCCUGAAUCUUCCUCACUGUUAUUCAUUCUAGAAAUAGAAUCGAUUGUCCAACGAAGGUGAGAUUAAGAGAAAGGAAGAACCAAAGUGGGAUUUAGAUGUUGUCCCUGUUUUUUCUCAACCAAGAGGUUGAGACAAUUGUAGUCAUGUGGUCAACCUAUGCAGAACCUUUCAUUUCUAGAAC